GCACAGAGAUUCAGUAAGUUGGCCGAAGAUGAAGAAAUUGAUUUGGAUUCUGAUUCCAGAGCUAGUACUCCUUCUGCUGAGAUGUCAGAUGUGGCAGAAACUCCUGUACUGGAAGAUGAAGAUAUUUUAGAUUCAACAUCUGCCAGAGUAUCUUAUGAGAAAGAGAAUACAACAUCUGACUUAGCAGAAUGUUCUUUACAAGAGAAUAUUCCAACGGGAAUACAAAUAUACAUAUUUGGACGCACUGAUCGAGAGAAAGAAGACUGGUUUAGAAGAUUGGCCAAAGCUACUCAUAUCGGAUUAGAUGCUGCAUCGUCACACUCGAGCAAUUCUGAUAUCAAGGAAACUGGUUGUGAUACUUGCGAGGAGAUCGUCCAGAACCAGACUGAAGUAGAGUAUCUGAGGUACAUGAAUAUGUUCAAGACUUCCAGAAAAGAAUCUGCUGCUACAGAUAAUAAAGAUACACAAGAUUCCUACCAAGAAAAGGCAGAGGAGGCCAAAGAACAGUUGUGGCUGAACGCUUUGAUCGGCAGGGUACUUUUUGACUGUUUUCGAGAUCCAAACUUCAUUACAAAGGUCAAAGAUAGGAUACAGCGAAAGUUAUCAGCAAUAAAACUACCAUAUUUUAUUGAAGAGAUACUCAUUCCAGAACUUUCUCUAGGAAAAACUUCACCACUCAUCAAAAAAAUUGGGGAGCCUCUCAUGGAUGAUAGGGGAAUGUGGAUUGAUUUGAAUGUAACCUAUGAGGGAAUGAUUGUCCUAACUUUGCAAACGAAAAUUAAUUUGAUGAGGCUCAAGAAUCCUCAAGCAUAUGAAAAAUCUGUUUCGGAAGAGAGGUCAGCUAUAUACCAUUCCGACAUUGAUGAUUCCGCUGAAAGUAGUUCAGACGAAGAAGGUUCCCAAGAAGUUCCUAAUAUUCCGGCCGAUACUGCCAGUGGGUCAGGCCAUUCCGGUAAAAAAUUAAUUAAGAUGGUAGAUCGAAUCACAGAGUCAAAAUUUUUCCAAGCUGCUACUGAAAAUCGAUAUAUUAAGAAAGCUAUGGAAGGUGUAUCAAAUACCGACCUGAGACUUACUGUGGAGGUUAAAGCUAUUGUAGGUACGUUGGUAUUGAACAUUCCUCCUCCACCAUCUGAUAGGAUAUGGGUCGGAUUUCGUCCAGUACCAGAAAUAUCUUUAUCGGCAAGGCCUAUUGUGGGAGAAAGGAACAUUAGCUAUAUUAUGGUUACUAGCUGGAUAGAGAAAAAGUUGGUACAGGAAUUCCAGAAAGUGAUGGUAAUUCCAAAUAUGGAAGAUUUGCUGAUACCUGUGAUGAAUUCUAAGUUACCAGAGUGAUUUUUAUAUUCCAAUUGAUUUAUCCUUAAUUUUAAAUAAUUAUUAAUUGCUGGUGAUGAUAGUUGGAGCAUACAACAGGUCUAGUCAAAGUGAUAGUUUUUUAUUUAUGAGCCAAAGUGUAGGUUUAGUAGGGAGAAAAUAGAUUGUUUUUUAUCGUUCUUGUUAAUGGCUUAGAUUUUUAUAAUUUAUUCAUCUGAAAUCACAAGUUCAAACAAAUUAUUUUUGUAUGAAAUAUAUUUCUAAUCAUGAAACUAAGACUAUGUGUAAUUUUAUAAUAAAUGUUGUCCACUUCUAAUUGAAGAACAUUUUCAGAAAUUUCUUAAAAUGACCAAGUUUUUCAGAUUAUAAAUAUUUUACCCAUUUAAUAGUUAAUUAUGUUCACCUCAGGAAUUUGUAUCACUGAAUUUGUUUGUACACAUUAAACUUUUGUGUGAAACGCCAGAGCUAAGUUGUAUUGUUUGAAAUAUACAAAUUCAUUUAUUUAAAUGAAUAAAUUUUACUACAA